AGGGCCCCCGCGUCCCAUCCCUGGCACACUGGCCUGGGUGGAUGCCUGUCCACUUCUGCUUUCACUGGCCCUCAGAGUUCUUGGUCUGGAGUGCCACUGCGGUCGCCAGCCUGCACGCGUCCCGGCGCAGGACGUCUCUUACUUCUUGCACAGCACUCCGGGGAGGUUGGAGUUUAAUCACACAGUGUCCGGCUUCCUGUCCUCAUCCGCCCCCCCCCCCUCCGGCCCGCUUCCCUGGUCCCUCCCUCUCCCCUGGCCCGAUCCGCCCACCAGCUCCCCCUCCCCAUCCCUCGGGUCCCGGGAUGGGGGGGCGGUGAGGCAGGCACAGCCCCCCGCCCCCAUGGCCGCCCGUCGGAGCCAGAGGCGGAGGGGGCGCCGGGGGGAGCCGGGCACCGCCCUGCUGGCCCCGCUGGUGCUGAGCCUGGGCCUGGCGCUGGCCUGCCUUGGCCUCCUGCUGGUCGUGGUCAGCCUGGGGAGCUGGGCAACGCUGUCUGCCCAGGAGCCUUCUCAGGAGGAGCUGACAGCAGAGGACCGCCGGGAGCCCCCUGAACUGAAUCCCCAGACAGAGGAAAGCCAGGAUGUGGUACCUUUCUUGGAACAACUAGUCCGGCCUCGAAGAAGUGCUCCUAAAGGCCGGAAGGCGCGGCCUCGCCGAGCUAUUGCAGCCCAUUAUGAGGUUCAUCCUCGACCAGGACAGGAUGGAACACAAGCAGGUGUGGAUGGGACAGUGAGUGGCUGGGAAGAGACCAAAAUCAACAGCUCCAGCCCUCUGCGCUACGACCGCCAGAUUGGGGAAUUUACAGUCAUCAGGGCUGGGCUCUACUACCUGUACUGUCAGGUGCACUUUGAUGAGGGAAAGGCUGUCUACCUGAAGCUGGACUUGCUGGUGAAUGGUGUGCUGGCCCUGCGCUGCCUGGAAGAAUUCUCAGCCACAGCAGCAAGCUCUCCUGGGCCCCAGCUCCGUCUGUGCCAGGUGUCUGGGCUGUUGCCGCUGCGGCCAGGGUCUUCCCUUCGGAUCCGCACCCUCCCCUGGGCUCAUCUUAAGGCUGCCCCUUUCCUAACCUACUUUGGACUCUUUCAAGUUCACUGAGGAGCCUUGCUGUCCCAGAUUUCUUAAACUUUCCCUGGCUCCAGGAGCAUCACCACACCUCCCUGCCCCACCCCCACUCCUCCACCCCCUCGCUGCUCCUCGAUCCAGUCCUGUCCUCUCAAAAGCAGCCAGAGCUUGUUCACGUGUUUUCCAUUCCACAGACGUGUCCCUGUUCUUCUUUAACAUCCCAUCCCACCACAACUAUCCACCUCACUAGCUCCCAAAGCCCCCACUUAUCCCUGACUCCCCCCCCCCCCGUGUUUAUUGACUUUGUGUACCAGGCACUGAGAUGGGCUGGACCUGGUGGCAGGAAGCCAGAGAACCUGGGACUAGGCCAGAAGUUCCCAACUGUGAGGGGGAAGAGCUGGGGACAAGCUCCUCCCUGGAUCCCUGUGGAUUUUGAAAAGAUACUAUUUUUAUUAUUAUUGUGACAAAAUGUUAAAUGGAUAUUAAAGAGAAUAAAUCA